AUGUCCAUCCCAACCUCCAUAACCCAAAUCCUCAAAGCCGGUCCCAUCCACUUCGGCCCCUUCAUCGUCACAACCCAGGUCUUCCACCUAACCCCGCACACCUACGCCCUCGUGAACCUGAAACCCAUCCUCCCCGGCCACGUCCUAAUCUCCCCGCGCCGAGUCGUCCCCCGCGUCACAGACCUCACUCCCACCGAGACCUCAGAUCUAUUCCUGACUGUGCGGCGCGUAGCACGCAUGAUCGAGCGGGUAUACGGAGCGUCGAGUCUGAAUAUUGCCAUCCAGGAUGGGGCGGAUGCGGGCCAGAGCGUGCCGCAUGUCCAUGCGCAUGUGAUUCCGAGGAAGAGAGGGGAUUUGGAUGAUAGGGGGGGCAUGGAUGCUGUUUAUGAGAUGUUGGAUGGGGAGGAGGGGGAUUUGAGGGAUGUGUUUUCUAAAGAUGGGGAUGAGGGUAGGAGGAGGAGGAGGUUUCCGAGGGUGGAUAAUGAUGAGAGGAAGCCGAGGUCGGCGGAGGAGAUGGAGGGGGAGGCGUGGAGGUUGGCGGGGGAGAUGGAGAAGGAAUUGGAUGAUUAG